AGCGAUGCCUCCCCUACACCGACAGACUUCGGAGGGGAAUGGAAACUUACAGAAGUGAUGCGAAAUCGUCACAUCUCCUCCCUUAACCCCGGAGAAAUCUCUCGGCAGAGCAAUCGCUUCUUCCUUUGCUUUUCCACGCGUUCCUCUGACGUGGAGUUUGGGGAGGCUGACGGUCGCUCGGCAGAAGAAGAGCGGGAGGUCAAGUCGCGGGAUCCCUUGUCUUUGCCACGUGUCGAUCAUCAGCAGGGGGGGAAUAAAGCGGAAUUAAAUGGAAGAUAACUAAAGGCGGCUGCUGGCGGCGUGGGCUGCGGGGAGGUGGCAGAGCUGUCUUCAGCACCUGGCCAUGGGGCUGCGCAGGGCUGCCUAGGAGCCCCCACCUUUCCGCACGCAGCAGUCCUCUUCUAUCCUGAAGGAAGAAAUCCAGGUGAAGAAAAACCAUGCCUUUGUUUAGUAAAUCACACAAAAAUCCUGCUGAGAUUGUGAAAAUUCUGAAAGAAAACAUGGCCAUAUUGGAAAAACAAGAAAAAAAGACAGACAAGGCAUCGGAGGAAGUGUCAAAAUCACUGCAAGCAAUGAAGGAAAUUCUGUGUGGGACCACAGACAAGGAGCCACCUACAGAAAUUGUGGCUCAGUUGGCACAAGAGCUAUACAACAGUGGCCUUCUAGUGACGCUUAUUGCCAACCUGCAGCUGAUAGAUUUUGAGGGCAAAAAGGACGUUUCCCAGAUAUUUAACAACAUCUUGAGAAGACAAAUUGGCACACGCAGCCCUACUGUGGAAUACAUUAGUGCCCAUCCACAUAUCCUAUUCAUGCUUCUAAAAGGAUAUGAAUCCCCAAAUAUUGCCUUACGCUGUGGAAUUAUGCUGAGAGAGUGUAUCCGGCAUGAACCCUUGGCCAAAAUCAUACUUUUUUCGGAACAGUUUAGAGACUUUUUUAAAUACGUGGAAAUGUCAACAUUUGAUAUAGCUUCUGAUGCCUUUGCUACAUUCAAGGACCUGUUAACGCGACACAAAUUGUUGGUAGCAGAAUUUCUGGAACAAAAUUAUGAUGCGAUCUUUGAGGAUUAUGAAAAACUCCUUAAUUCUGAGAAUUAUGUAACAAAGAGACAAUCUUUGAAGCUGCUGGGUGAAUUGAUUCUGGACCGACACAACUUUGCCAUCAUGACAAAAUACAUCAGCAAACCAGAAAACCUGAAGCUGAUGAUGAACUUGCUGCGAGAUAAAAGCCCGAACAUCCAGUUUGAAGCAUUCCAUGUGUUCAAGGUUUUUGUGGCCAGUCCAAACAAAACACAGCCUAUUGUGGAGAUCCUGUUGAAAAACCAACCCAAGCUAAUUGAGUUUCUGAGCAAUUUCCAGAAAGAGAGGACGGAUGACGAACAAUUCACUGAUGAGAAGAACUACCUGAUUAAGCAGAUCCGAGACUUGAAAAAGCCAACGGCAUGAAGAAGUCCUCUCGUUUUCCACUGUAGGCAUUAAUCUCAUUUGUUAAGUUCCUCUGUGUCCCUUAAACACCACAAUAGUGCUUGAGAAGGCACAGCAAGUGCCUGGUUUUUAUUUUGUCUUUGUUCCUAGAUGUCAAGAGUAUAGGGGUUUUACAUGAAAACUAAAAAAAAAACAACCUAGAAUAAUAUAUUAUUUUUAAUCAAAACUAUAAUUAUUUAUGUCAGUUUAGAAUCUCUCUGUAAUAGAAGCUGGUUUGACAGAUUUUCAUUUAUGCUUAAGAAGAAGGAACCUCUUUGCUUAACUUCAUCAACAAACUCAAGCUGUUGGUGAGUGCACAGAGUAGGUCUUCUGAGGACUGUAACAUUGUUCCUUUGCACCUGUAGUUGUGACUUCGUUCUAGUGCUGCACACACACAAGACUGUGAAAGAGUACAUUUGUCUCUGGAGUUAGCUGCACCUAGAGAUUGGGUUUCUUAGUCAAAACAGUGGGAGAUGAAAAAGCAGUAAAGGUCACGUUUUUGCUUUAUUUUUGUGUUCUUUCAUCUUUAAGUUUUCUUUUUCCCCUAGAUCAGAGGUUUUCUAUUAAAUGCUAGGGAAUGGAUGAAGACAUCAGCCAGAUGAGCUGUUUCUACCUGCCUCCCCUUUUCCUGUACAUGAUCGUCGUGGUUUAACCCGACAGGCAGCUAAAACAACCACAUAGCUGUUUGCUCACUCCCCCCCCCACAGUGGGAUGGAGGAGAGAAUAGAAAAGAAAAAGGUUGAGAUAAAGACAGUUUAAUAGGACAGAAAAAGGAAGAGAAUAAUAAUAAUAAUAAUGAUAAAAGAAUAUACAAAACAAGUGAUGCACGGCACAAUUGCUCACCACCUGGAACCAAUUGCUCGGCUACUUCCUGAGCUGUGCGCCUCAUGGCCAGCUCCCCCCAGUUAUAUACUAAGCAUGACAUCAUAUGGUAUGGAAUAUCCCUGUAGCCAGUUUGGGUCAGCUGUCCUCGCUGCGUCCCCUCCCAGCUUCUUGGGCCCCCCUGCCUUCCCGUUGGCAGGGCAGUGUGAGAAGCUGAAAAGUCCUUGACUGCUUGGCAACAACUGAAAUAUCAGUGUGUUAUCAACAUUAUUCUCAUCCUAAAUCCAAACCACAGCAUUAUACCAGCUGCUAGGAAGAAAAUUAACUCUAUCCCAGCCAAAACCAGGACAGUGAUCUACCUUAUGCUAGAGCACCAGCUAUUCGCACCAGCUAUUCCCACCAGCUCCCAAACAGACCGAUGAGGAGCAGCCCCAGGUACACGGUGCCCAUGUACCCCGCAAUGGGAAGAAGGCAAGAGCAACCCCCCUCCAUCAAGAUCUAUGCUAAUAAAGUCAUCCUGCACCUACUAAAAUCGGCAAGGAGCCUGUCCCCAGUUUUAGUGGGAAUAAUUUUGGGUGGUGGCCAGAGCUACGUGGCUGAAUCACGCCAAGCGCUGAGCCCCAGCACCCAGCGAGAGGAUGGAGCUCAGCAACUUCCCAUCUGGAUUUAAAUCCCAGCUGUGUGAGGUGGGGUUGAGCCAAAUUCAGCAAGGGGAUGCUGAAACGGCCUCAGCCUCAACUGCCGAGUGCCCUGGGGUCCCCGAGUCUGCAGGUGCUCUCAAAGCUGAGAGCAUUAAUUGGAUUCUUAAAUCAAGGGUGGGAGGCCAUUUAGCAGCCCCAGGCACCAAAGGCAACAUGUAGUCUGGCAUUUUCUAUCCUUGUUCAUCCUGUGUGAAUUCAGGUUCUGCGUUGAAGUUGUCGAAGGGGAAAUCAUUGCACUGUUUAUGUUUUAAAGUUUAAUAAGCUCUGUGGUCCAAACAGUGUUUCCCAGGUGUGUUUGAAGAAUUUUUGGGGUCUUUUGUUUUCUAGCAGGAAAUGAAAAGGUAAUUCUGAUGCUUUGUUAGGAAGUGGAGUUUGAGAGCAGGGAAUGGAAAAUUCUUGAAUUUUUCUGGACAGCCUAAGUUCUGGGUUUUUCCUAUUUGUUGUAAGACAGUUAUCUAGCUAAAACUCUAGUUAAUGCUUCAGAUAAAAAGGUGACACUGAACUGUAAAACCAGAACAUUUUCCUUCAUAAAACUGUUGUAUAUCGGGGUGACUGAUACUUUAAUUUAUGUGCUUUAGAAAAGGGAUGAAAUGGAACAGAUUGUGGACUCAUGUUUUUUUCAGAUGCCAGAUAUACACAACAAAUGUACAUCUUAGUUGCCUGGAAUUAAAAAAAAAAUAUUUACAAGCUAUUAAAGGCAUGAUUACUGAUCACCCUUUA